UUUUUCCACUUCCACAGUUGACACGUACUUGUGACUAUAUUGGGACUUGUUGAUCUGUGUCUGCGUGGCUCCUGGUGUAGCUGCUUCUUUCACAUUAUAUGAUUGCUUCCACUGUGUUUUUUUCAACGAGGAGCAAAACAUUCAGGACUUAAUUUUAAAUGUGUCUUUUACACUAAAAACACUCAUCCUCGGUCCCAUUUCUGAGAAUCCCUGACCAAAAAUGUCAACCCGGACUCAAGGAAUAGGAGUCAUUGAAAAUUCUUCUGGCCAGCCCUCCUCCGAUUCCAAAGCGGGAGGACGUUCCAGCAUGGCACGGCCACGCAUCUCAAUCAGCACAACUACAGAUGAGCAGCCUCACAUUGGAAACUACCGUCUGCUCAAAACCAUCGGCAAAGGAAACUUCGCUAAAGUUAAACUGGCCAGGCAUGUCCUCACUGGAAAGGAGGUGGCAGUGAAAAUCAUAGACAAGACACAGCUCAACUCUACCAGUCUUCAAAAACUCUUCAGAGAAGUGCGAAUCAUGAAGCUCUUAAAUCAUCCAAACAUAGUGAAGUUAUUCGAGGUGAUUGAAACAGAGAAGACACUGUAUUUGGUUAUGGAGUAUGCCAGUGGAGGAGAGGUUUUUGAUUACCUCGUUGCCCAUGGGAGGAUGAAAGAAAAGGAGGCACGAGCCAAAUUCAGACAGAUUGUUUCCGCAGUGCAGUACUGUCACCAGAAGUGCAUCGUACACAGGGACCUGAAGGCUGAGAACCUGUUGCUAGAUGCGGACAUGAAUAUUAAAAUAGCAGACUUUGGAUUUAGCAACGAGUUCACCUUGGGCAAUAAGCUGGACACGUUCUGCGGCAGUCCCCCAUACGCCGCCCCCGAGCUCUUUCAGGGCAAGAAAUACGAUGGUCCUGAGGUGGAUGUGUGGAGCCUGGGGGUUAUCCUGUACACGCUGGUCAGCGGCUCGCUACCUUUUGAUGGCCAAAAUCUGAAAGAGCUUCGAGAGCGUGUAUUGAGAGGAAAGUACAGGAUUCCCUUCUACAUGUCUACAGACUGCGAGAACCUACUGAAGAAAUUCCUCAUCCUCAACCCCACCAAAAGAGUCAGUUUGGAGCAGAUCAUGAAGGAUCGCUGGAUGAAUGUGGGUCAUGAGGAGGAGGAAUUAAAACCCUACAUUGAGCCCCAGCCUUACUACAAAGACCCCAAAAGAACAGAUAUUAUGCUUAAGAUGGGUUACUCACAAGAGGAAAUCCAGGAUUCGCUAAUCAACCAAAAAUACGAUGACAUUAUGGCAACCUACCUGCUGCUGGACUACAGGAACUCUGAGCUCGACGAGGGGGGCAACAUAGUGAUAAAACCACGUCCAGGAAGUGACCUUGCAAACAGUAACGCGCCUUCUCCACCUCACAAGGUACAGCGCAGCGUGUCAUCCACUCAGAAACCACGAAGACCCACAGACCAGAUUUCCUACUCUAAACGGCCUCAGGGGGAUAACAACCACAGUACUGAAGAUUCAGGAAGGAAGGGAUCCAGCGGUUCCACCAAAGUGCCGCCUAGCCCAGUCGUCCCAGGAGACAGCAAAAAGAGCUCCACGCCAUCCACUAACAGUAUCCUGUCCACGGGUACAAGCCGCAGCAGAAACUCUCCACUCACCGAGAGAUCCCUGCUGGCAGUGCAGAAUGGCAAAGACAGCCUGAAUACACCAGGGUCCCGCGCCUCCACGGCCUCCGCCGCCGCCGUGCUCUCAUCCUCUGCUACCUCUGCACGCAUCCGUCAUCACAAGUCCAUGUCCUCCUCAGCCCACCCAUGCCCCGCUGACCUGCACGCACACCAGCCCAGUGCUACUCCUCAAAGAGCACCAGGUGCCUCGCCAUCAGCCCACAACAUUAGCAGCGUCACAGGACCAGAGCGCACCAACUUCCCAAGAGGAGUGCCUGCUCGAAACACCUUUCAUCUUGGUCAGCAAAGAGGGGCACGGGAUCAACAGGGCUCACCGUUCCAUGCUACUCCCGCCUCGCCCUCACUCUCCCACGGGACCAGCCAGCAGCGUCGGCCUCCCACUACAGGCAUCUUCAGCAAGUUCACCUCCAAGUUUGUGCGCAGGAGUCCGUAUGAGGGAGAAAGUCGAGAAGAGGUCAACAGAUCUAUGCUGAGCAGUGCUGAAAAGGCAGAGAAGACCAGCACAGGAGGUGGAAAUCUGGGCUCAGGAGGUGGAGACGAAAACAAAGACACACUUUCUUCUUCCUCCCCAAGAGAUGGUACUCCACCCCCAUCGGGCAAGGACAACACCAAGCCACGCUCACUGCGCUUUACCUGGAGCAUGAAGACCACCUCAUCCAUGGAACCUGGUGAGAUGAUGAAGGAGAUCCGUAAGGUGCUGGACGCCAACAGCUGUGAGUACGAAGUGCGUGAGUGCUACAUGCUGCUCUGUAUGGCUGGAAACCCGGCUCGGGAAGACUUCGUCCAGUGGGAAAUGGAGGUGUGCAAGCUACCCCGACUGUCCCUGAAUGGAGUGCGCUUCAAGAGGAUCUCGGGCACUUCCAUUGCCUUCAAGAACAUCGCCUCAAAAAUCGCCAACGAGCUCAAACUAUGAGCAGGAAAAAAAUGUUAGAGAAAGGUGAAGAAUAGAGAUCUUAAUUUAGAUUUAAACGAUGGUAACCACUGAGACAAGUCCUGUGAGGAAAUAAGAAGCAGUUUAGACGUUAGGAGGAGCUGUGCAGAGAUGCACCAGGUUGACAUCAUGAGUUUAAGAUAGGAGAGGAAGUGCUGUAGAUGUUGUUGGUUUCAGGAUCACUAGCAUUUACUCUCAUUUAUCAGUCCAGAAUGAAGUGACAUGAAACAGACUUUCAAAGUAACUGUUUGCUUGGUGAGAAGAUUCAGACUGGAUGAUGUUCUGUGAGCUCAUUUAGAUGUCUAACUCCUCCAUCAUACCAAUUGGUAAACUGGACAGUUCAAGGCUGACUGCAGAAGCUUUUCUUUGUUUCGCUGUGUGGAUUAGCACAAAAGUUCUCCCACGAACACAAUCUCACUUGAUGUUUCUUCCUUUAGUUCUCUUAACAGGGUUUAAUCCUCUUAACAGGGUUUAAUCCUGUCAGAACCAACACUUGAAUACUGUUCAAUGGAUUGUGCGUUACGGUUCGGAUAAUUUAGUUCUUCAUUUGCUGGGUCGUGAUUUGUUGCACUGGAAUGGGUGUAUUUCUGUUGUCAUUUUUCCCCUUUCUAAUGAAAAAUCAAAUGUUUUGAUGUGUAUUAUUAAUGGUUAUGGAUUAAUGUUGUAUGUAGGACUCUUUUUAUUUGUUUGUGGGAAUUCUGUCAUGCCUUGCUAUCGUGAAUGCCACAUAUAAACUGACUUCAACAGAUCUUCACUGCUUGUAUGUAAAACAAUCACUGGAAAAGACAUGACUACACCUCUUGCAUCUGUACAGCUCUGGCAUUAUGGAACUAACACCCUGUGAGUUCUACUUCCAAAUCUGAAACCCCAUGGCUCUAAUGACAAGUCUGGUAGCAAAGACGAGCUCCAACAUCACUGAGCAUUAGUUUUACGAUGCUAUUCCCUUCAGCCUUCUUGUCUAUUGCUGUGUUCAAAAUGGCAUCUGGCUGUACUGUCCAAGUAGUGACCACAUACUGCGUUAGUCCUGUAUAGUAUUCAGUAUGUAAAAUGGGAAUGGGAAUAAUGGGAAAGCUUCAUUUCUAUGUCCCAGAUUGCCAGGGUAAAGACACGUUGAGUGUCUGCUCUUGCAUAAAUUGUAGCAUUGCCUGUCUACAAGAAACAACAUUAGAAACAGUGGUAGUGGUUCAUAUUCAGGACGAAUUGUCAUUCAGAUUGGAAAAUGACUUUCUGCUAUUUCAAAUUUUACCAUUCUUAGAGUAAGCAAUGAAUAAAAAUAAUGGGACUGUUAUAAAUGGGUUGCAGACAUGACCAAAGAAAAUACAGUAAUAAAUAAAUAAAUAAAUAAUAAAUGAAUAAUAUGAUGUAGCCAGAGAUGUAGUUGAUAAAUGUAUUAACCUAAUUAAACAAUAACAGACAAAUAUCUAAUGUUAAGGCUUUAUUUAGCAGUGUUUCAAUAAGAGAUUACCAAAUAUAGACUGAUUAUUGGCUGACUUACCUUUGUCCUCAAAAAUGUUUACUUAAAUUUAUUGUUUUCCCCUUAAAAAUACACUUCUUAAUUUUCUUUCAAAUUACAUAUAGCCUACUACUGUGCUGAGCCAUAACUGGUUUUGGUAAACCGUUUGACCUAUAGUAAAUCCUGCUCUAAGGCAAUCCUAAUCAAUCUCAUCCACAAAGAGCAAGUGUGGCUUCAGAUGUUCGUGCCAUCCAGGCCAGGCCUACACUUAAUGCAAGUGAUUAAUCAGCUACAACUUUAGGUUUAGCAUAUGCUGGAUGAUAUGCUCUAUAUAAAUUGAGUGGAAGCCAUGUCUACAUGGCACAACUGGGACAUGCACCUAGUGGUUUCAGGAGCAUAUUGCUGUCUAUACUACACACGUGUAACAAGAAGGUAGAGAAAUGGCUUUGGAACAUUUACGGUUCAGCUGUACACAGUUUGUAACUUAAUGAGACCUACGUGGCAUGUUGCUACCUGGAAAAAAAACCUGUGAAGAAUAGAACCCGUGUGGAUUCUGAGAUUUUCCAUUAGCAAUGGAUGCUGUUUACUUACAGUACCAGCUUUGGGUGCAUAUGCCAUUCUGAACACAGCCUAAAUGCAUUUAAAUAAGAGUGAGGUGUGUGAGGGGGUGAAUAAAUGAAAUCUCUAUAUCCAAGUGGUUGCUUGAGCUUUUUGUCUUGAUCUUUCUGCAGUGAUUGUCAUAAGUAGCAGCCCAGAGGACUAAGGACCAGGAGCAGAUGGUCUGACUACUGCUUAGUUUAAAAGCAUUAACAUAUUUUUAAGUUAUGAUUAUUAUUAUUUUCAUUUAUGAUUGUUUUUAAAAGAUUCUUGAUCAGGCAUUAGUACAAAAAGCUGAGAAAUGUAGGCAUGUGGAUGUAAGUUUAAGAUGUAAAUUGAAACUGCUGGAUGGAUUUGUGUUUGUCUUCACUGAGCUGUUUAUGUUCUGCAUGCGUCCUGUAGCUGUUAUGGGUACACACUCCAUUACUGUUGGAACAGUAGGGGGAGCAAUAGAGUCUCCUCUGAAUGGUUUAUGGGACACCUGUGCAUUUUAUAUUGUUUCAGAAGUUUAUUUUAAAUGUCAUUAUUUACAGUUCUAUGAAUAAUUAUUGUCUGAGGUGCUGGGGAUCCAAAUGUCAUUUUUAUCUAUUAAUAUAAUUUUCAUCAGGGUUGAUUUUUUUUUCCUUUAUUAUUUUUCAUUGCUGUUAUUACUAUAUUUUUCUCUGUCAGAACUGAAAGUUGUCAGGGAUCGAAUGGAGCAAUUGAGAACUCCAAAUGUACAUUUAUUUGGUGAGAUUAUCAAUAAUAGUAAUAAAUGAAUUUAAAAAUCAAA